GUUUACCCGUUGGACUGAUACUAGUGUUGUUCAUGACCUCACUGACAUGUUGGUCUAUGGGGACAAAAUAGAGCAGGAGUGGCAAGCAGAAAAAGGCAAAGUGGCAUCUUUGAAAGAACAGAUCAUACAAUGGGAGAGGAAGUUGGUGGAACAGAAGACUGGUGGGGGAACUACACAGUUCAGUAUAAAACCUGGGAAAUACUUACUGAAAAACACUUUUUUCAUGGAAAACAAAUUGCACAGGGCUGGAAAAAGCUUCAAUACAACGAUGAACAGGAAUGGAGAGUUGAGGGAUGAGCUGAAGAAAAUGCAGAUGGAGAAGAAACAGUUCCUAAAUGUUCAAUCUCGCCUGGGAAAGGAGCUGCAUGCACUUCGCAAGGAUAUUGGUAGCCUGAUGGCUAAAUGCACUGAAGCCUUUAAUGCCAGUGUGAAGUUUCAGGAAAGACAGAGGAUGCUGAUGGAGCAGAAUGCUAAGGAUGUGGAACAGUUCAUCAAACAGAACAGCAACCUGGAAAAAGAAAUGUCUCGAAACUGCAACUUUGAGAUUUUCCUUGACAUAAAGGAUUUUGCACGCAGCUGGGACAAGGUGAAGGGCAAGCAAUUGGAUUCUAAGGAAUUGGGUCCAGAAGAUUUUGAGGAUGCUAUCAAAAACAUCCUCGAAGUGACAGAAGAAAGUGACCUGGACAAACUUGUCAGGAACUUCCUACAAAUGGAGGAGAAGACCUACACUUUAAUGAAAUUUGUCAACUAUCAGCAAAAGGAAGCAGAGACCCUUCAAAGGCAGAUCUCUCAGCGUUGCAAUGAGAGAGAGAUGUUUGUAGCUGAGAAACAGCGGCAGCAGGAGCAACAUCAGGCUCUUCAGAUUAAAGUCUCCAUCGAGCAAGAGGUGAUGGAGCACCAGCUGGCAAGUUUCCAAACGCGCGUUGAGUUCAUGGAAAAGCUCCUAGAUCAGCUCAAAGAAGGUUGCGAGUCAUUGCUUCAGAUAAGCGGUGACAGCUCUGAGAUCUGCAACCAGUUGGGCUCCUCUGAUGGAGUGCAGGAGGAAAACAUUGCAGAAUACCUGACAGAGGUGGAGAACAGAGUCAAUGAGCUUCUCUCUCUGCAGUCCUUUCUCCAUUUCCAGGAAAACGUUAAAAACCAGUGGGACAUUGACAAUCUGAGCACCAUCGCUGGGCAGCUCCUGGGAAAGACCCCCAGAGCUGUGAGACCCCCCUCUGCUGCUGAGACCCCUGCACCUGUUGCGGACCCAGACCUUUUGGAGUCGGUGCUGUUGGAGGCAAAGGAGCCAGUGAGGAGAGAUGUUCUACUGACACUGGUCAAAAAAAGGGCUCAGAGGAAAAAGAAGACUGACUGAUGUUGUCAGUCGAUGCUGCUCCUGAGCCAGCGGAAACAAGUCUGUGCUGGGAUUUGUACUUUUUAAAAGCUUUAUUAUAUUGUAUGCUUCUUUAGUGAAUGUUUAGAUGGACAUAACAUGUUGUAAAUCAGUUAUUGACUUACAAGAAGAUGGGGAGGUAGUGGCGUUUAUGUAAAUCAAUGUGAGUUUCUUAACAGUCAGUGGUACUUAUGAAUUAAAGUAAUGUAUCUUU